AUGUGGAUCAUUGCGACGUCCAUUGAUCUAAAUAACAAAGCAACGAGUAGCGGGGAAGACAUAUGGGACUGGUUCUGCACCGAAAACACUUGGGAACAGCUUUUCUCUCACACCAAUAGUUACGCCCGAUUAUGCCGUCUGCAGAAAUGGGGGCUUUUUUUGAUCGCCAUUGGCAUUGUUAUUAAUCUCGUGAUUCUGCUCGUCUACGGCAUUGGCGCAUACGGUGUCUGGUUCGAACGGCGCCUCCUGGGGGCCGUGAAUGGUUGCGGCCUAACUUAUUCGGAAAGAGAAUUGAAAGGUGAUGAAGAUUUUGACCGUAUCGAUGGCUGGAAGGGUUUGUCCACGACCCAACAAGCGGCUGUCCGCAGAGCCCUCACAGAACGCCACAUUCCAGAUGAGGACUGGAAGGGCGAUGUUGAGUGCAAUCGGCCAGGCAAGCGAGGCUUCCGUCUUCCUAAGAAGAACGCGGGUGCUAAGAAAGACGCGGACGAAUAUUCCCAGUCCAGUGAGGCUGAAGCUGGCGAGAGAACCAAAAUGACUGCUCGUGCUAAGAAGGCUACCGAUGAAAAAGACAACAUUGGGAAAUCCCGAAAGCUUAAGCCACAUACCCGUGGCGGGAAGCCGGAGAAGAAGCCAAUGGUCGAUGAUUCAGCCAAUGAGGAUGCUAACCGCUAUGUCUGUGUGGAAGGGAGAUUUUUUAUCACAACCAUAUACCCUUAUUGUGGAUGUUCAUCUCAAGAGCGAAAGCCUUUUGACACCGCUCGGACACACACGAAAGACGCUUAG